ACUAGUGGAGUUACCCUAGGUUCACAUCUGUGUGGGUGGUGCCGCUGCAGAUCCGCACGAAAAUCCGUGCAGCCACACCACCCACACAGAGAAUUGCGGACCCGCGGACGGGUGCCAUUAAUUCUAAUGGCACGCCGCCCGCACUGGAAAACGCAACCGUACUGGGAAACCGAGGUUCCCGUGUGGGCUGCGUUUUCCAAAGAAGUGCAGGGACUUCUCCCCUGCGUGUCAUGGGGCACGGGAGUCCUUUCAAAUGAAUGGGCUCUCAUGCCUGUGCUAAAUGCGGCCCGCACAGCUGCAUAGAUGUGAACUGGGGGUGAAUGCUACUAAAAAACGCCAUUACCAGAGAUUU